CGGAGACGGAAAGUUUGGGAGCGGAGCCGGCUCGGCGGCGGCCCCGGGGUGCGGGGUGCAGGGGGUGGCGACCCCGGGGAUGGGGAAGGAGCAGGAGCUGCUGGAGGCGGCCCGCACCGGGCACCUCCCGGCCGUGGAGAAGCUGCUGUCCGGGAAGCGGCUCUCCUCGGGCUUCGGGGGCGGCGGCGGCGGCGGCUCCUCGGGGGGCAGCGGCGGCGGGAGCAGCGGCCUCGGCUCGUCCAGCCACCCGCUCUCCAGUCUGCUCAGCAUGUGGAGAGGGCCAAAUGUGAACUGCGUUGACAGCACUGGCUACACACCCCUGCACCAUGCCGCUUUGAAUGGCCACAAGGAUGUAGUUGAGGUUCUUCUGAGGAAUGAUGCACUGACCAAUGUGGCUGACUCUAAAGGCUGUUACCCUCUGCACUUGGCAGCCUGGAAGGGAGAUGCCCAGAUAGUGCGGUUGCUCAUCCAUCAAGGGCCUUCACACACCAGAGUCAAUGAACAGAAUGCUCUUGAGAUCAAAGAACUCAAAAAGUACGGCCCCUUUGACCCUUAUAUCAAUGCCAAGAACCACGACAAUGAGACGGCCCUGCACUGCGCAGCACAGUAUGGCCACACAGAGGUGGUGAAGGUGCUGCUGGAGGAGCUCACGGACCCUACCAUGCGCAACAACAAAUUUGAGACGCCCCUGGACCUGGCUGCGCUCUACGGGCGCUUGGAGGUGGUGAAGAUGCUCCUCAAUGCACACCCCAACCUCCUGAGCUGCAACACUAAGAAGCACACCCCUCUGCACUUGGCAGCAAGGAACGGCCACAAAGCUGUGGUCCAGGUCCUCCUGGAUGCUGGCAUGGAUAGCAACUACCAGACGGAGAUGGGCAGUGCUUUGCAUGAGGCUGCUUUGUUUGGCAAGACCGAUGUGGUGCAAAUCCUGCUGGCUGCAGGAAUUGAUGUCAACAUAAAGGAUAACCGGGGACUGACUGCCCUAGACACUGUCCGGGAGCUGCCUUCUCAAAAGAGCCAGCAGAUAGCAGCGCUUAUCCAAGAACACAUGACUGGAAAACGAAGUGCAAAAGAGAUAGAUAAAACCCCCACAGCCCUGCCACCUCUCAUCUCCAGUAUGGAUUCCAUGUCACAGAAGUCUCAGGGGGACCUGGAGAAAGCAGUGACUGAACUUAUCAUCGAUUUUGACACCAGUGCUGAAGAGGAGGGUCCCUACGAGGCACUAUACAAUGCUGUGUCCUGCCAUUCCUUGGACAGCAUGGCCAGUGGACGAUCAUCCGACCGGGACUCCACGAACAAGGAGGCUGAGACCCCAGGAGUGAGCACUGCUGCAGUGAGGCCUAGGGAGCGGCCCCCGCCUCCAGCAAAGCCCCCGCCUGAUGAAGAGGAGGAAGACAACCUGGAUAAGAAGUAUUUUCCUUUGGCAGCUUCUGAGGUCCUGGCUGCGAGACCUAGGAUUCAAGGGAGUGGAGCCAGGGAAGAAGACGAGCACCCAUACGAGCUGUUGUUAACAGCGGAGACCAAGAAGCUGGUGUCAGUGGACAAUAAAGUCAAAGACCACAGGCAGAGCAGCAGCAGCCGGAGCCAGGACUCUGCGGAGGGGCGAGACGGGCAGGUCCCUGAGCAGUUCUCAGGUCUCCUCCACGGCUCCUCCCCGGUGUGUGAAGUGGGGCAGGACCCUUUCCAGCUGCUCUCUGCCACCGGCCAGAGCCAUCCAGACGGGUCCUCCCAACAAGGUGCUUGCCGCGAGGCUGGCAUGCAGCUGGAAGAGAUGGGCGUGCACACUCCUGGAGCCUCUCAGCCCAGCACCCUAGACCAGAGUGGGAGAGCAGGCUACCCAGCAGGCUUGCCUGCCGCCACCAACAGCCGACUGCACCCCGGAACUCUUACUCGCUCGGUGCCUCUGCACCCUGGCGGGGCCGAGGACGAAGGAGAGCGGAGCGGGGCCAGAAGCCGAGCCCCUCCCACCAGCAAACCCAAAGCUGAACUCAAACUCAGCCGCAGCUUGUCCAAGUCCGACUCUGAUCUCCUGACCUGCUCACCCACAGAGGACACCACAAUGGGGAGCCGGAGUGAGUCCUUGUCCAACUGCAGCAUUGGCAAGAAGAGGCUAGAAAAGUCGCCCUCCUUUGCCUCGGAGUGGGACGAGAUUGAGAAGAUCAUGAGUUCUAUUGGCGAAGGGAUCGACUUUUCUCAGGAACAGCAGAAGAUCUCAGGUUCGCGGACGCUGGAGCAGAGCGUCGGGGAGUGGCUGGAGUCGAUUGGGCUGCAGCGGUAUGAGAGCAAACUGCUCUUGAAUGGCUUCGAUGAUGUACGCUUCCUGGGGUCCAACGUGAUGGAAGAGCAAGACCUGCGGGAGAUCGGCAUCAGUGACCCACAGCACCGGAGGAAGCUGCUCCAGGCCGCACGCUCUCUGCCCAAGGUGAAGGCCCUGGGCUGCGACGGGAGCAGCCCCCUGUCGGUGCCCUCCUGGCUGGACUCCCUGGGGCUGCAGGACUACGUGCACUCCUUCCUGUCCAGCGGCUACAGCUCCAUCGACACUGUGAAGAACCUCUGGGAGCUGGAGCUUGUUAAUGUCCUGAAGGUGCACCUGCUCGGCCAUCGCAAGCGCAUCAUUGCCUCCCUGGCAGACCGACCCUACGAGGAGCCGCCCCAGAAGCCACCGAGGUUUUCGCAGCUGAGGUGCCAAGACCUGCUCCCACAGACACCAUCCCCCCUGAGCCAGGACGACUCCUGCACUGGGCACUCGGAGGACCUGCUGCUGCCUUCCGGGGACAUGGGCCAGAGGAGACACGACAGCCUCCACGAGCCUGCAGCUCCUUCUCGAGCUGAGCGCUUCAGGAUCCAGGAAGAGCACCGCGAAGCCAAACUGACCCUGCGGCCCCCAAGCCUGGCUGCCCCCUACGCCCCGGUGCAGAGCUGGCAGCACCAGCCGGAGAAGCUCAUCUUUGAGUCCUGUGGUUACGAAGCCAAUUACCUGGGUUCCAUGCUCAUCAAAGAGCUGCGAGGGACAGAGUCCACACAAGACGCCUGUGCCAAGAUGCGGAAAUCCACCGAGCACAUGAAGAAGAUCCCCACCAUCAUCCUGUCCAUCACGUACAAGGGGGUCAAGUUCAUUGAUGCCUCCAACAAGAAUGUCAUCGCGGAGCAUGAGAUCCGGAACAUCUCCUGCGCAGCCCAGGACCCCGAGGACCUGUGCACCUUUGCCUACAUCACCAAGGACCUGCAGACCAGCCACCACUACUGCCACGUCUUCAGCACCGUGGAUGUGACUCUCACCUACGAGGUCAUCCUGACGCUGGGGCAGGCCUUCGAGGUGGCCUAUCAGCUGGCCCUGCAGGCCCAGAAGGCCAGGCCCACGGUGGCCCCUGCAGCCGAGAUGGUUGAAACAAAAUCUUCCAAACCAGUGCCUAAGCCUCGGGUCGGCAUGAGGAAAUCUGCAGUGCCGCUGCCCCCCGAUAGUCGCUGUUGUUACUGUCACACCUGCACCACCCACCGUCCUUCCUACCUACCACGGCCGCCUCUCAGUCCUGGAGUCAAGCUGGACCCGCCUGAUGUGGACCAGGAGACUCCAUCCCACGCCAGUGUCUCAUGGGUUGUGGACCCCAAACCAGACUCUAAACGGAGCCUCAGCACCAACUGAGCCACCGAGGAGCCACAGUACGCUGCAGAAACACAGCCAUGGGGAGCACAGGCUCCCGCCGCCGCCACCACCUCACCUGCAGCCAUGAAGACCCAGGCCCGACCUCUGCCUGUGGGACCUCGCUCAGCUGGGGGCUGGCGGGGUGUGCCUGCCCUGGCCACAGGGGUGUUCCCAGCCCCAGCCAAGACGACGAUUCUGCAGGGCCAAGAAGUGACUCAGCUCAACAGGUUUUUAACAGAAAAAAGGAAAAAGCUUUUUUGUAAAACUUUUAACACUUGGCUCAAACCUCUAGGUCAAACUGCCAACCCUUAGACAAACAGUCAGAGGGUCCGAGGAUAGGGGACUGGAAGUGAGCAGCCCUCUGUGCCCCCAAACAGGGUCCCAGCAUGGCCUCACAUUUGUUAAAGAGCAAACUGAGGCCAGGGAGGGGAAGGGUAGACUCAGACCUAGCAAGUCGGCUGUUCUGCAUGCACUACCUGACUCCUCGUCCCUGUGUCAAGCUGGACAUGAGUGGACACAGGCACCUGCUCCCAGUGUCCCCCAAGGGAAGGCCCAGCGGCCAGGUGGAGAUGAGGGAGCCGACUGCGGGGCCAUGCUGCCAAGGCAAGUCCAACAGGAGGACGACAGCCUCACUCAGGCAUUAAUGGGCAGAUAGUAAAGAAUGCAGCCAGGCAUUCUGAUUUGUCUCAUCAGAGCUGUGUGAUUAGGGUUCAUUUUGAGUCUCACAAUGAUUGGUUUGCCGGUUACAUUCUCUGCUGCUGGCUAUAUCUUAGCUGGCUCCAAGUUUAGACAAGGCUCUGUCGAUCCCUUUAAUUCUUCCCCAGCAUGGCCUUCAGAGCAGGCCGGGUCUGGGCCCACUAAUGCUGCUUACCCUCCCAGGGCUCGGGCCAUGUGCCUCCUCCUGGACUCCUUCAGCAAUGAAGGGCUGUGGUGCGGAGAGGCUGCCCAGGCCUGCUGCUUGCUCAGAUCCUUCCCGGGUAGUGGGCACCAAGCACUGCCCACUGCAGGGAACUGAGCAGGCUGCACGCUGGGCUCAGGAAAACCAGGCCUCACCUGCACUCGUGGCUGCUCAAUUGUGACUGGAGGUUUAAUG